AUGUGGUUGAUUUUUCAGGGAAAGACACAAUAUCCAAAACAUUAUAAAGAUCUGGUUAAAGAGAAUCAAUUAUUUAACAAAUAUUACCAGGGUUUAGGAUUAAUACCAGAAGGAGAAUGGGAUGAAUUUCUUAAAAUGUUAAAUACACCCCUCCCAGUUACAUUUCGUAUCAAUGGUAAUAGAAGUCAAGCCAAAGAAAUGUUAGAAGUUAUACAAGGUCAUUAUUUAAAGAAUUUGGAACAAGUUGAAGUGGAUGGUGAAGUCAUUAAACCACCACAACAAAUUGAAUGGUAUCCUGAUAAUGUAGCCUGGUAUAUGGAAGUAUCAAGACAGUCUAUGAGAAAGUCUGAGAUGUAUUCCAAAUUUCAUAAAUUCCUUGUUUCUGAAACAGAAAGCGGAAAUAUAAGCAGACAAGAAGCUGUUAGUAUGAUACCACCAUUAUUAUUAGAUGUUCAACCACAUCAUAAGGUGUUAGAUAUGUGUGCUGCACCAGGAUCUAAAACAGCUCAGUUGAUAGAAUUAUUACAUUCUGAUGAAAAUCAGGAAGUUCCAGAUGGGUUUAUAAUUGCUAAUGAUGCUGAUAAUAAAAGAUGCUAUAUGAUGGUACAUCAGAUAAAAAGACUACAGACACCAUGCUGUAUGAUAAUAAAUCAUGAUGCUUCUAUAUUACCUAAACUAAGAUCUAAUACAGAUGAACAACAUUUACAGUUUUAUCAGUUUGAUAGAAUACUAGCUGAUGUACCUUGCAGUGGAGAUGGAACAUUAAGAAAAAACCCUGAUUUAUGGAAGAGAUGGAAUCCAACACAUGCUUGUAGUCUUCAUGGUUUACAGAAGAAGAUUUUAAAACGUGGUGUUGAAUUACUAGCUGUUGGUGGUAGAUUAGUCUACUCUACCUGUUCAUUUCACCCUGUAGAAGAUGAAGCUAUAGUAGCUAAUAUGUUACGGAAAGCAGAAGGUUGUUUAGAAUUAAUAGAUGUUAGAAGUCAGCUACCAAAAUUAAAAUCUAUUCCUGGUAUUACAACAUGGAAGGUCAUGAGUAAAGAAGGUACAUGGUAUGAUAAAUUUGAUGAUUUACCUCAACUAUUGACCAAUCAAAUCAGACAUUCUAUGUUUCCUCCAACACCAGAAGAAGCAGAGGUCAUGCAGUUGGAGAAAUGUGUUCGUAUUUUACCACAUCACCAAAAUACUGGAGGGUUCUUUAUAGCUGUAUUUCAAAAGACUAAAACUUUACCUUGGAUGAAAAAUUAUUCAGAUUCAUCUUCUACAGGUGAAAAUGUGGUCAAAACCAAAAUUAUUGAACAUGAAACUAUUGUACAAACUGAAACAGUUGAAGGUGGAACCAUUACAAAAACUGAAACUGUCGAAGAUGAAACCACUGUGAAAACUGAAUCAGAUUCAGUUGAAAAAAACAAUGAUGAAGAUGACAAAAAGAGAAAACCAGAUGGGUCUGAAAGUAACAGACCUCAAAAGAAACCAAGAUUACAAGGGUAUAAAGAAGAUCCCUUCUUGUUUACCAAAAAUGAUGAUCCUUUUUGGACCUCAAUCAAAUCAUUCUAUAAAUUACCAGAAUCAUUCGCAUGUGAUCAAGGUAUGUACAGAUCAGCUGAGGGGUGUAAAAGAUCUCUGUAUUUUGUAUCUGCUGGUAUUAAGAAUAUUGUAGAGUGUAACAGAGAUAGAUUAAAGUUUAUAAAUAUGGGUGUAAAACUAUUCAGCAGAGCACCAUCACCUCUAGUUCCACAAUGUGAUUUUAGAGUUGCUCAGGAGUGCCUGUCAUGUCUACAUAAUAAUUUCACUGGUAGACAUGUAGAUAUUAAUAAAGACGAUGCUUUUAUUAUACUCACACAAGAAAACCCUUUAAUAGAAACAUUAACACCUGAUACUAAAAAAUACCUUAAUGAAUUAAGUAAGAAUUCUUCAUUAUUUACUGCUUAA